AAGGAGACCAUGACGAAAAGGGAGAUGAUAUUUUGUAAUUUUCAUUCCAUUUUUUUCUGUUUGUUUAGUUAAUUUAGCGAGGAGAAAAAUGUUUCAUUCGACUUUGUCUAGGAACAGAGCGUUUCCAGUAAACCAAAGUAGGAACUAAACACCACCAGAAUUGAUUAUGCCUAGAAGAAUGAAUCUCAUUCCUUACUUCCUCCACAAACAUUGUCACCAAAGGUCUUUAAACGUGUUUUGAAAGAAAAAGAACAAAUAGAAUAGUUUGACAGGGAUAUUUAAGCAUUUGGGGGAAGCAUGAGGGGCAGACAAACUCUCUUCAUUGUUUGUGUCUUUCAUAAUGGCUAUUGCGUCUAACUUGGUACUAUCCCUGAGCUCUGACUCACUGAGUCAUCAUGAUAAUCAGCCUAGAAUCCCUCUCAUUCUUUCCUCAAGAUCUCAUUCUGUUACUCUCCUACACAACAAGCGACCAAGUUCCCUUGCGCUUCGUUGUUCAAACAAUAGCGAUAAUGUCUCAUCCGAGAAAGAUACCCCCAUCGAACUCAAGUUUUCAGCAUUUCCAACGGUUAUGGACAUUAACAAGAUCAAAGAGAUAUUGCCUCACAGGUUUCCGUUUCUGCUGGUGGAUAGAGUGAUAGAGUACACGCCUGGUGUUUCAGCUGUAGCUAUUAAGAAUGUCACAAUCAAUGACAGUUUCUUCCCUGGUCAUUUCCCUGAUCGACCCACCAUGCCUGGUGUUCUCAUGAUUGAGGCAAUGGCCCAAGUGGGAGGCAUAGUAUUGCUGCCGGAAGUAGGAGGAUCUAAAGAUAACUUCUUCGUUGGCGGUGUUGAUAAAGUGAAAUUCCGCAAACCAGUCAUUGCAGGAGACACACUGGUCAUGAGGAUGACUAUUCUCAACUUCCAGAAACGCUUCGGGCUUGCUAAGAUGGAAGGUAAAGCUUAUGUGGGUGGCUCGCUGGUCUGUGAAGGCGAGUUCACGAUAGUCUCUUCUGAAAGUUCGCCAUGAUCUCACACACCCAUUCCCCAUUACUGGUCUUAACUCAGACACAGCUAUAUGCGUUUUCUUCUUAUGCUUCUGAUGUGAUUCUCUUGGAGUUCUGUGUUCUGUAUUUAAUGUCUCUGAGUGAUAAAUAAAAAUAGAGAAAGUUUGAUAUAUAACACAAGGAGGCAUAAACAUAGUUA